GGUACCCCGAUACAAGCAGCGGCAGCCCUCGGUCAUCGAGAUGUGGUAGAAUUCUUCCUCGACAAAGGGGCGAACCCAAACAAAAUGAAGAGUUUUGCGCAGAGAGAUGGAGUAUACGGCACUCCUCUCAUAACAGCUUCAGCUCAUGGCCAGACAGAAAUCAUGGAGUUGCUUCUCAAGCGUGGCGCGGAGAUCAAUGCGAUUUGUCCCGAGAUAUUUCAGUUAUACUUAGAAGUAGCUUCAGAAACUGGGAACACGGAUAUUGUCCAAUAUGACCUAGGAAAAUGGACCUCGCGCGGCAAACCUGGCUUUUCAUUUGGAAAGUCACUCCAACUAGCAUCGAAGCGUGGGCACGAAAAGGUUGUUCGUUUGCUCAUACAGUCAGGAGCUAGGGUGAACGACCUGGGUGGAACUCGAAUGCCAGCACUGUACAAAGCAUCACUAUUGGGCAAUUCGGAUGCCGUCCAGAGUUUUCUGGACGGAGGUGUGGACAUCCACGCUCGUUUCCCAGGGGGAAAGUUCACAUCUGCACUGGCUGCAGCAUGUAAGGGUGGUAAUAUCAGAAUUGUGGAAUUACUGAUGGCCUGA